CUGUCAGUCACCAGGCAGCACAAGGCAACAAAAUAUCUAUCUCGUAAGGAAAAACAGAACCAUUUGAACUGAGAAUCACUUUUACUAUUUUCUCUCCUUUUCUUACGUUUUAUAUUACUGUUCAGUAGUCUUUGGUUCAAAAGCCCAUGAGAAUAUAAAAUUACCCAUGAAUUAAGAUAAAAAGUACUAGAAUAUGAAGUGGCCUCCACUGCCAACUGCAAGUUGUAAUGGUUUAGACACCCUCAUAAGAAUCAGUGGACAUUAGUGACCCUGAUUGCACCAACAAGGAAGGAAGGAUGAGCAGAGGAAGGCAGCUUGUUCAGGCUGGGAUUGGGUACAGCACCCUGGCGUCCUUAGGCUGGCUGUAUUUAGUUCAAGGAAUCCCCUAUGGACUACAAGACAAGUUUCUGCCUGUCCAGCUACGCUCUCUUGGCCUCAACUACUCCAGUGUGUCAUUGCUGAAGCUGCUGCUGGUGCCCUGGAUUGCCAAGGGAGUCUGGGCACCACUGGUGGAGGUGUGUGGAGGAAAGCAAUGUUGGCUCCUCAUAGCCACCCUUGGUCUUGGAGCCUCUUCUCUAGCAGGUUCUGCCGUGGCCCCAGAUGACAUGGUGAGUCUGGGAGUGAUGCUGCUCUGUCUCAACCUGUGCUCUGCUGUCCAGGACGUGGCGGUAGACGGCCUGGCCCUGCAUCUCCUGCCCGACGACCAUCUCAGCAUCGGCAACACUCUGCAGGUUGUGCUAUAUAAAGUUGGAUGUCUAGUAGGUGGGGCUGGACUCACAUAUCUUCUUAUGUGCACCAACUGGACUAUUACCUUCACUAGUCUAGCAGCUGUGUACAUGACAACUGCUGCAUGGGUGUACUGCCUCUCAUUCAAAAAUCCCUUGUCUUCAAAGUUUUCAUCUGAAGAAAAAGGAAUGGAAGACACUGAUUUGCUCAAUGAAAAAGAAAAGAAAGACCAAUUCCUUGCCAAAGAAAAGACUUCACAAGGACAGUCAGAUGUGGUCAUGGUGAAAAGAAUAUUCAGUAUUAUGAGAGAAGUGGUGAGUUCAUCAGGGGCAGUUUGGGUGAGCUUGUAUGUGUUGCUGUACAAGAUGGGUGAGAGAGGUGCCAUAAACAACAUGCCUCUGUACCUUUUGGAUAAGGGAUUUUCAAAGGAAAGUUUGGCAUUUUGGAAUGGAACAGUUUGCCAGGGACUCUCAGUGCUCGGAUCUAUUUACGGAGGAGUUGCAUUAAAGAAGUCCCAUUGUCCUAUUAAAGCUGUUAUUUUGAGGUAUUCAAGUCAUAGAUUCAUUCUCAUAUUCACUCAAUGUAUCCUUAUUUUCCUGUUAGAGCAGCAUCCAAGUAAAAGUUAUAUUUCUAUGUUGCAAUAUAUGAGCAUUGGAUCCCUAUGUCUGCUGAGUUUCAAUAGCGGCGUGAUAUCAACAGUCACAUUCACAUUCAUGAUGGUGAAGAGCAGGGAGUGCCGCCAAGAGUCACAGGCCAGCCAUUACAGUGUGCUGGCUUCGAUUGAGGUGGCCGGAAAGCUGAUAUUUGCAUCAUUCGCUGGGUUUGUUAUAGACAAUUAUGGAAUCCUAUGGUCAUUUUCUUUAUUUGCAUUUCUGUGUAUACUUCCAAUUGUAGUCAUCUAUGCAGCACCUUGUUCUCUGUACUCAAAUAUGAAAAGAGAAUAAAGUUAUCUACAAAG